GUUUCCUUCUAACAGUUAUCGAUUUGUUUCACAAAGCUUUUGCUCCCAAUUACAUUAUUGCCUGAGAGCCAGACCUUCGAUUCCGAAGACGCGUUUCAAUGGCGACUAAAAUUUACAUCGUGUACUAUUCCAUGUAUGGACAUGUGGAGAAGCUAGCUGAAGAGAUUACAAAAGGCGCUUCAUCUGUCGAAGGUGUUGAAGUCAAACUAUGGCAGGUUCCUGAGACCCUGUCAGAGGAGAUCCUUGGGAAGAUGAGUGCUCCACCAAAGAGCGAGGUUCCCAUCAUUCAACCCAAUGACCUUGCUGAGGCUGAUGGAAUUCUCUUUGGCUUCCCCACUAGGUUCGGGAUGAUGUCUGCCCAAUUUAAAGCAUUUAUGGAUGCAACCGGAGGUUUAUGGAGGACACAGCAGCUGGCAGGCAAGCCCGCAGGGAUUUUCUACAGCACUGGAUCUCAGGGUGGUGGACAAGAGACGACUCCGUUGACAGCCAUCACUCAGCUGGUUCAUCAUGGGAUGAUCUUUGUACCCAUCGGUUACACAUUCGGUGCUGGAAUGUUUGAGAUGGAGAAUAUAAAAGGUGGUAGCCCAUAUGGUUCGGGAACUUUUGCCGGGGAUGGAUCUAGACAGCCAACCCAGCUCGAACUGGAGCAGGCUUUCCACCAAGGGAAGUACUUUGCUGGCAUCGCAAAAAAAUUCAAGGGAUCUGCUUGAUUUCCAUACACCAAAAAUUUCUGUGAACAUUCUAUACUUUCAAAUUUUUCCCUUUUAAGAAUUUGAAGUGUCUAUUUUCCUGUAGUCAUAUAAAUAAGAUGGGGUCUAUCCAAUAUGUUUGAAUUCGUGAGCUCUGUAUGUGUUCUCUUUGAUGAAGUCUGAUAUUAAUACAUGUUAAGCAGUUCGUUUCUUAUCUAUCCUCAUUAUUUUUCAAGACAAUGUAUCUUGUCUAGGCAAAUUCUGGAGUACUUGUAGUAAUCAGCUUUGCUAAGUUAUUAACAUGAAAUUGAAUGUCUCUCCUGAGGUCCCAA